UUCAAACAUGCAUCGUCAAGCCAUCGUUUUGUCAGUCCUCCUCGUCUCUGCUCUCCUAACAUCAGCGGCAAUCGAUGGACGAAACGACUACCAAUCCAUGUUCACUAAAGGUAAACCAUCCAUUUACGACUUUGUUCCGAGGCUGGGAAGGGAUUCCGGUGAAGAUGUGAACGCAUAUGUCAUCAAUUUGGGUGAGGGCAAGUGGAUGCAAGAUCCUGAAGUACCAGAAGUUCUCUUCCAACGUUCAGCAUUUUCACCAAGACUCGGCCGUAAAUCUCCGUUCUCUCCUCGUUUGGGACGUUAAUUUACGAUAAAACAUGUAUAUUAUUAUCUGUUCUCAA